CCUUCUACGAGAAAAGAAGAAGUUGUGUGCAGCGCCUAAAUUGAAGCAUUAGGGUUUGUGAUUGUUUCCCACUCGACGCCCCAAUUGAGUGAGAGAAUGUCGAAGAAGAACGAUUUAGGCCGAAGAAAAAGGCAGCAUGAUUUCGAUUUAAAGAGGGAAAAAGAAGCGAAGGAAAAGAAGGAAAAGAAGCUGAAUGCCAAGAAAAAUAAGAUGAAAGUUGAUGGUAGCAGCAGUAAGAAGAAGAAGGGUGGGAGUGGAUUUCAAGUAGGAAAGAAAAAGUUGAAAACGAGGAUGACGCCGUUGGCCAAAGCUAAAGCUGCCCAGGCAAUGGAGGUCGACAAAUAAGGUUACUGUCAUUGGAUUAAAUGCUAGCAGAAAAUAGGAAAUUUGUUGAAUCUCAUAGAUUGUAAAUUCAAAUGUUUGCACACUUUGCCUUUUGAAAUCUACCAUUUAUGCUUUUGUGUUCUUUAA